AUGAGACUUUUAUUAGAAAACAAAAGAAAUAUUCUCUGCUUAACGUUCACCAAUGCUGCAGCAAACGAGAUGGAGAGUCGCAUUCACAGCAUACUCAGUAAGUGGGCAAUAUGCUCAGAGAGUUUGUUGAUAGCAGAUUUAGAGCAAUUAGAUUUCUUUUCGAUGUGCCCCUAUUUGUCAUCCCAGUGCUCGACCAGAGAAAAUAAAGAUUAUUUAACAAGAGCAAGAAGGCUUUUCUCUGAAUUGGAAAGUCUUGGUCUAACUAUACAAACCAUACACGCUUUCUGUUACAAACUAAUUUCCAACUUUCCCAUAGAAGCUGGCAUUGCCCCAAAUUGUACGCUGAGUGAAUGUAAAGAAUUACAUUCCAUCAUAUUCAAUAAAGUGCUUCAUAAUGAAACUGUGCGGGAUAAUAUCAAUCUUAUUGCAACUGAAUUUGAUGAAAAUAAGCUACGUGAUUUGCUUUAUACUUUAUGUAUAAAAAGAUCGAUAUCAGAAAAUGAUUCAGAAUAUAUCAAAGAUAAACUCAGUCCUCCAGAUAAAAUUCAUGACUUACAGAGUGAAACGACUGAGCACAUAAAAAGAUUAGCCGAGAUAUUAAGUGAAGGCGGUAAAAGAGAUCAGAGUUAUAGUGAAAUACUUUAUGAUUGGUGUAAUAGAUUCCUUGUAAAAUCCCCUAUCAUUCCACCACUCUCUGUAAUUCAAGAGCGUAACGCUGGAAUCCAGAAAAAAAGAAAUAUGGAUCCCAGUGUCAAGCACUGGGAUGAUAACGGAAUGAAGAGGAAAGACACCAGAAUAGAAGAUUUAGCCAAGGUAUUUCUCAAAUCAGAAUCGCACAAAAAAAGAGCAUAUCAUCCAUUGCAACAAAAAGUACUUUAG